CAAAAAAAUAAUUCAGUCACCAUCUCCAUUUUCUUUUUAUAACCUAGCAUAAGAAAUAAAAAAAAAAAAAAAAAAAGAAAAGAAUGUUGGCAAUAUUUCACAAGGCGUUCGCGCAUCCACCGGAAGAACUAAAAAGCCCGGCAUCCCACAAACAAUCCAAGAAACCAAAGCUGCCGGACGAAACCCUACAAGAAUUCCUCUCCACCCACCCCGCCACCACCACCUUCUCCAUGAACUUCGGCGACGCCGCCGUGCUCGCCUACGUCAGCCCCGCCGACAACGACCACCACUCCUUCCUCCACCACCACAACAACCAGAGGCUGUUCUGUGGGUACGAUGAUAUAUACUGUCUGUUCAUGGGGAGCCUGAACAACCUGUGCGCACAGAUCAAGCAGUACGGACUGUCGAGAACCGCCAACGAGGCUAUGCUCGUUAUCGAAGCUUACCGUACGCUGCGGGACCGCGGCCCUUACCCCGCCGACCAGGUUAUUAAGGAUCUUGACGGCAGCUUUGCUUUUGUUGUCUACGACAGUAAAAUUGGGACUGUUUUUACUGCUCUGGGUUCUGAUGGUGGAGUGAAGUUGUACUGGGGUAUAGCUGCUGAUGGCUCUGUUGUAAUUUCUGAUGAUUUGGGGGUUAUUAAAGCUGGCUGUGCCAAAUCGUUUGCUCCAUUUCCAGCUGGGUGCAUAUUUCAUAGUGAAUCUGGUUUAAUGAGCUUUGAGCAUCCGAUGAAUAAGCUGAGGGCAAUGCCGAGGGUGGAUAGUGAAGGGGUGAUGUGUGGUGCUAAUUUCAAGGUUGAUUUGUAUUCCAGGGUUAACAGCAUUCCACGUGUCGGGAGUGAGGCUAAUUGGGUUGAUUGGAAUAAUGCUAAUUAAUUAUUUUUUUAGUUAAUUAGCCUUUGAUUUGGUCUCUUUGAUAUUUAUCAAGAUAUAUCAUGUAUUGAUCAUGAACAAUUUACCAGGUUUUUGUUUCAUUUGAUCUUUGUUUUCCUUUCUUUAAUUUGUUUUUUCUUGUUUGUAUUUGUUGUUUCUUGCUGAACAAUUGCUCGUAAAAUGUAUAUAUUCCGCGGAAUUUGAAUUCCAUUUUGCCAAUAUUUUUUUUUGGUAUUUUUGAGCAUAUUAUUGGAAUGAAGCUUGCUGUUGUGG